UUUAUUGUGCUUGGCUGGGAGGACAGAAUGCCUAGAGCGGCCGCCUCUGGUCGAACCGCGUCCCUCAGUUUUUACGCUUGAGGUGACGAUCUGGUUUUCCGUUCUAUGGUUCUGGGAGACAUAACGUCGUUCCGGUCAGGGACCGGAAGUGGACGGCUGGCGAGCGUUGCCGUGGAGACACGCCGCUGUUUGCCACCAAGGACGGGGCCUGCUGCGAGCGGGGCCGCUGGAUGGAGCCAGUGGGAGACCUGAAUACCUGUGACUCCCUGGAGCUGCCAUUGGAGAUUAUAUCAGAGUGACUGACCUAUUUAUCAGUGGGAGCUUUGGAGCUGCCAGUCCUUUGGAACCGAUGGAGCAUCUUUUGCAGGGGUCCUGAAAAGCAAUGGCUGCUGCUUCACAUCUGAACGUAGCACCCCCUGAACGGCAAACCUCCGCAGGCAUCGCAGAGCCUUCCCUCUGGCAGCCAUCCUCCGUCACCAUGCACGUCACUCGGCCGAAAUCUGCAAAGGGGCGCGUGAGGCCAAGCUUGAAUCACUCCCAUAGCGUGGAGGCCUAUUCCUGUCGAGUGCCAUCGUCCCCUCAGCCGUUAGUUCCCUCCGACGAACCAGGGAGUGGCCGGAGGGCAGCCUCCUCCCAGCAGCUGUGCCAACCUGUUCAGGCAUCUCCUGCUGAAAUCCCUGAUCUCCUCCAGCAAGUGCCCGCCCGGACCUCCUCUUCCUUGAAUAAAUACAGGGUGCUCCCGUCCAUCAGCAGAAAGGAGUUGAGGAGAGGCGCAGUGGAAGCCAUGUCUGAACAGGCAAGUCAACUCCGAGUGAGCAACCAACUGAAGGAGGACGAGCAGGGCUUCAAAGCUCGCCCUCCAGAGAGGAUGCCCAUCUCUGCCAUGACAAAACACGACAGGGGCAGCGGCGAACAUGUGAAAAUGUCACCACCUCCCUUGGAAACAAAGCCAUUUGGUAAAAUGAAAGAAGGAAGUACCUCUUUGUUAGCACUGGCUCUGGAAGAGCCCUCCGAGGAGGAGCCCAGAUUGCUUUUGGCUGUCAGGUCUCCUUCGGGUCAAAGGUUUGAACACCACUUCCGACCGACCGACAGCCUCGAGACUGUCCUGGCGGUGGCGGAGCGAAAAAACUCAACCGUGUACGAGCGCUGUAGCAUUGAAACAGUGGAAGUGCCUCGGCGGACCUUCUCGGACCUCACCAAGUCCUUGCAAGAGUGCGCGAUCCUCCACAAGUCAGUGCUUUGUAUCUUGCAGGAGGAGCCAGAGGGAGAGCUUUAAGCAGCCAGGGGCUGCUCUCUGUAUUAAAGUACCAUUGGAGGCCACGGCUCUUCGCCUGAUGUCUACUUCUUCGGACCCCGCAGGCGCAUUGCUUGCGGCCUAAGAAGUCUGAUUUUCCAAGCUGUUCCCUGCAUACUCAGAGGGAGCUGUUUCCAACCAUCCCAUUUCAGUUCUCUUUUUUUACGUGCCUGCCUCCCAGCCGUUUCCCUGGUACUCCCCUUCUCUAGAAUCGUUACAAGUGCCUUUCCCUCAGCAAACAGCAGCCCUGCCUUUCAAGGUCACACGUUCUGCUCAUUUGUUUCGUAUUUCUGAUUCGCUUUUUCUCAGUAGGAUUAAGUUUUCUUUGGCUCUAGAAGCAAGAUCCUUUUUUCUCACUGUAAGUCUAAGGUUAGCGCCCGUAGGAUAGGAGGACAGCCACCAGGGGUCUGAUCCCAGCCAGGCUCGUUUUCUGACGAAUCCCACUUAAAUUGUCAUCCAGCGGCAAUGUCUGUACAGAAUCUUUAGCUUUGCCUAGCGCUUUGUUUUUAAAUUCUUUCCUUCAGAGAACAUUCUGGGUUUGGUUGCAGAGACAGAAAAAGACCCGCGCACUUUUUCUCUUGCCUUCAAGAAUAAGCGGCAUUUGCUUUCUCCAGCCACCUAACUGGGUUUGGUACAUAUUUUUAAUCAGCUGUUCCUUACAAGAUUACAGCGUAAGUUGUUGUUCUUGAAGGAAUCGGUUAUCAGUAUAAAUUUGUGUUUCAGUGUUUGGCAGCUGGUGCAAAACCUUUUUUAAAAAAAAACCCCGGAGUUAAUUGCAAACUUAACGUUGAUUUGGUAUUCUUGUUCUCCAAAUUGAGUUGAUGCUUGUGUAUUAACCGCAGUUCUCUCUGAAAACUGCUUUUUCAUUUUUAAAAUCAACCUUUGUAUUUAGCAAAAUGCCAUUUAUGUUCUUGUAAAAAAAAGAAUCUGUAUUUGUGUGUGUGAGGGGAAGAACCUAUCCAAAGGCAACCUUUAGGGCUUGGACAGUUUGUAUUAUACAAAAACUAUAUUAACCUACUGGAUUGCUUGCCAAAUGGGCCCACUCCUGAGUGUUCAUGUCUCACGAAUGUUUCUCAGCUUUUGCUUCCAACAAAAUGGCCAAACUAACCCCUUCAGAUUAGAGGGGGCUUUCACCGCUGCUUUCAUUAGGUCUGCUGGAACAGGCAACUUCCAAAUAAGCUGUACAGAAUUGGCAGUUUGACUUUUCUUCCUUCCCAUCUAGCAGAAAUGUCGGCCCCAGCUAGUUCUAAAGGAGACAGCCUUUUUCUUCGAUUACAGCUGCUGAGUUCCUGGCCAAACCCCUCUGCGAGCUGCCUGCCGUUCUCAGCUAUAAAGCAAUGACUGUGCAACCUGGGAUGCCAUGAAUUAGAAAGCAAUGGCAGGGCACAUCACACCUCUUUCUGUUGCCUGUCAGUUCCCUGCAGAGCAUUGUCUGGGGAGCAAAAUAUAAAAGAAGUCUGACCACUUUGGGCUGGAGGUUGUGCGAGGUGAGACCUAACUGACAGACAGCAUUAGCCCUUCAGGAUAGUCUUGAGGCAAAGCCCGAUUCAGCUCAGAGUCCCCCCAGCUACUAGAGGGCAGAAUUUUUUUUCAAUUCAGGCAACUUGAGGAAUGGGUGGGAGCAGCUGCCGUUCUGCCAGUUCUCCCCAAGCAGGAAAGCAGCAGCGGUUCACUUUCUGUGCAGCUUUGAGCCCCUUUUGGUCAGGAGGGACAGGCUGGGUCGGAUGAAUUGCACCGUGCAUUCUGUACCGCUGAGUCUUUAUUUGGAAGGAGGAGCCAUUCCAGCUUGUGUCAGAAACAGGAUGAGAGGAAAAGAAGCCGUUAAGUCUAAGCUGGUACCAGUUCCGACAUGCAGCAGACGUCGGGCUUCUCAAAACGCUGUACCAGUUCAGCCUGCAGGGGGAGAUGUAUAGCGAAUGCCCCUCCUGCAUGAAUUAGCACACAUAUUAGGAAAGCAUGUCAGUGCUCAGGCUAGGCUGAACCCUUCACACUGCAAGUUGUGUACGUUCGGGGGAGAUUUUCAAGAUGUGUAUAAAGGUGGCCUAUAAUUUGAUUCUUCUUCAUUGACACUGGAGCCACAGUACAAAACCUUCCGCACUGAAUUUGGAGGGAGCAGGGGAAGAUGAACUCCAUGAUGUUGGAGCAAGCCGUUGCCUUCAAGCACUGCUUUCUUAUUUUCUGAAGCCACCCGAGGGGCUGCAUCUCUCUCUGGGGUCGGGAUGAGCAAACUAGUCUCAGACCACAGUCGGGAGGGCAUGCGGGCAUGAUGCACUUCAUGCCCUUUUCUGGAAAAGGGAAAAAUCAAGCUUGAAAACAGUCAAUUAACGUACAGAGAAGUGUUAUGAUUUUUUUGCACGUAAUUCACGAUGAAACCUGUUAUAUGUAGUGUUAGGCUCAAUAAAGAUAUUCUGGGUGUGA